UAUUUAGAUUGGAUUGGAACAUCAUAAAAUUUGUGCGUAGCAUACAAGCACCAGAUUGUGUAAUUUAUGGGUUUUGUUCAGCUCUUACCUCUUCUACUCUUACUCAAACACAGCCGGGAACUAACAGUUUACACUCUGUUAAUAAUUCUGCGUGUGUAUCGCAACCACAAAAUUCGAACAUAAUAUCACAACAGGGCAGUGGUUUGAUGAAUAACACAACUGGUGGCUCUGUUCCAAUUAAUCGACCAUUUGUACCUGUAAAUACAGGCGUACCGACUUCGAUUCCAUCUUCUAGUAUUAUACAACCACCGAUUGAUCCUAUAUUAUCCUCGAAUACGGGUGUGAAUUCACUUACAAGUGGAUCAGGAAGUGCGGGUUUUCCGAAUUCAAUACCUGGUUACCCAUUCUUAAUGUGUGAUAAUGUUGAAGUUAAUCGUUUUGUACUAUACUCCUUAUUACAAAUGUAUCAUACGUUUGAUUUGGAAGAAGCAAGUGGAAUUCGGCCGAAUCUAGUUGAACAAAUUCGCUCCAUGUGUGAACAGUGUGGUCCAAAUAGUCUGAUAGAUUUACCUCAGCUAAUCACAAAACGUUUGCCUGAUUUUCUAAUUCUUGUUAUACGUCAGUUAACUAAUCCAAACACAGGUGAAUUUAACAUUGGUAGUCUCCCAUCAUCGGAUCCCAUGAAUGUAGAGUCAAUCGAAUCAACUUUACCGUAUACAGAUAAAUCUACUAGUUUAUCUAAACUUUGUUCAAUGGUACAAGAGGAGUACACUUGUUUUUCUAAUGGGAAUUUUGAAUGGAGCAAUGCAGUUAGUCGGAGUAAUGUGUUCUUAUGUUUAUUGUUUCGGUAUUUUAUGGAAUAUCAAAAUAUACCGAACAAACCAAUCAGUCUUUUACACCAUAUGUCUGCCAAAUUUCUCAAUCGACAACUUCGUAUGCUUUGUGACUACAUAGUGUCUUCUUUGACAUUCACUGCACAAGUGAAUUUUACAACUGAAAAGUGUCUUUCUACAUUGUCAGAUUUCUGUGUACGUUGGCGUGUUGUUUCGUUAGAUCGAUUUCUAUUGUUCUUGCUCAUGCAUACAAGAUACCAACACUCACAACUCUUUACUGUAAAUCGAAUCAUUGUUUAUCUGUUUACACAAUCGGAGCAAAUCACUAAUGGGAUAAACUAUUUGGAUAAAAAAUAUGAGGCUAAUUCCAUUAAUAGCGAUUCAAGUACACUGAGAAAAUCACCUCAUUCUGACCCAUUGUCUAGUCGGGAUUGGUUUUCGUGUAUUCGUGCUUUGCAUGAAAUUAUUCCUGAUCAAUGGAUUACGUAUCCAAAGACUUGUACAAUAUCUUCUAAUACUAGUAACGAUCCAUCAGAUGAAACCGACAAACCUCCUUAUUUACCUGUAUUCUAUGGUCACUUGUUAUUACGUUUGCUACCAUUGUUAGAAGUUGUAAUAAUGCAGUUCUUAAUGUGUGAAGUUCCAUUUGUUCUAUUGAUACCAUUUUGCCGAGCUGUUGCUCCUUUGUUUCGUUAUCACAGGCGUCCAGUUAAUAUCUGCUAUACAUUAUUACGUGAUCAUGCCGAAUUCACUAUGAAAGGUUUACUGUAUAAAUUAUCAUAUCUAGGCUAUCCAGCAUAUCAUUCACAGUUGCCAGUCACUAAAUUUCUGGAUACUUCACCUUCAUCUGAAUCAGAUAUUGACAAAAUUCCAUGGAUUGUUGAUCGUUUAUUGUGUCAGUUAUUCGUUCACUGCAUAAUUAGUAAACACCAGCAGCUAGCUAUGAAAGCAGCGUUAACUCGUUCUUCAAAAGGUUUUGACCAACAAUGUAGUUCUGUAAAUGGUAUAUUUACACAACAAGGGUGGAAUAAUCUUCAGUUGUGUGUAAAGCAGUCAGAAGUAUUUUACGACGUAAUAUGUAGAAAUCCCAGUAAUGUUACUAGUGAUUGCAAUGUUGUUCAUGAUAACACAGAUCGGUCUGUUGUGAAUAUUUUACUUAAUCCAGAAUCAUUUGAGACACAGUUCAGGUCAAUGUUUAUGACAUGGUAUUCCUGUAAUAUAUUUAAAUACAAUUGGGAACAUUUAUUUGGAUUGAUUGAUCCAAUAUGUAAAAGCAACCAAAGACAUGGAAUUUAUGGGCAUUCAGCAGCAUGGAGAAUUUGGAAUUAUGAAGAGUCCGUAUGCAUUCAAACUGCAGGAUUAUAUGCUGCCUCAAUUGAACUAAUGUCCAAUUUUAUGUUGCCUAAUGAACUGACAUCAGUUGUGUCUGAUUUCCUAACUAAUUGUGCGAAACAUAUAAAUUUCAAUCAACUACAAAAUAUCACUGGCGCACUAGCUGUUAUUUUACCUAGUGUUUACCGAUUUCCUCUGUUUAAAUUUUGCGUCACCCUAUUCAAUGACCCAAUUCUUUGUGACACCACACCUGAAUCGAAUCCAAUAGAUCCAGAUAAUAUGUUCACGUGUAUCUCUGAUGUAAAGUUUACUAAUGAUCAUAAUACUAAUACUAAGUGGCGUCGUUCGUCAAGAGCUUUACGUCAUAGAAAAUUGCUAGAUGUUAAUUUAACCUCUGUAGAUAACGUCACUUUAACAUCUGAAGGUGCAUCAUUUAAAGACGGAAAUACUUCACUGCUAAAACCACCAAAAGUAGCUUUACAUUUCUUCGAAAAAUAUCUUCCAUUAGAUCAGAAAACAGACUCUGAUUUGGUCGAUACACUUAGUAAUGGGGGCUGUAGUGUUAUUGAGAUAUCACAUCAAAGUGCUGAAGCAAGCCAAACUCUGAAGGACAAUUUCAAUAACUCGGACUUUUCGUCCGAUGUGACGGAAUACCUGAUUAAAGCUAAUUUAUGGCAUUCAAUUUGGGCACAUGCUAACACAUCACAUCUAGCAUCGUUACCUGGCAUUUUCUCAGAUCUCAUCUUACCGGAAUUGCACAAUGAAGCUCAACUACUGAUGGCAUUUUAUCUGGUUGCACCAUUAAUGGGAUCUUUGCACUCAGAGCGUCCAGCAAAAUUAGUCGAUUUAACUGCUGAACUUUACAAAGCUGUUUGGAAAGUUGAUACUAUUUUAGCUAAAUCAAACUAUCAAAACUCCAGUGAUUCGGAAAUUUCAAUGGAUAUAAGUAAUUCAAAACAACUAGGCGAACAUUUACCUUCGGAAACCGGUAUACCAUUAGUACAUGUUGAUACAAUUGCUGAUUUAUUGUAUCAUAUUAAAUAUAUGUACGUAGGCAAUGGCGUGCUCGAUCAAGUUCGCCCACUACUGCCACAACUUCGACCAAGUUUGCGUAAACGUCUCAAAUUCAUAUUACCUCAAGAUCCAUCGGUAUCACAGCAGCAACAAAAUCAAAAUGAUUCACAUCCAAUAUUUGAAGGUCGCGUAUAUCGUGCAUCUAUUAAACCUCCAUUGUGUAAUGGAGACUUUUAAAUUAAAUACUUUAUAUUCAUUUCUUACUGUUUGCAAAUGUAUGUAACAAAUUAGUGUGAUCAAUGAAGACAAUGCUUUAAUUUCUUUGUGUACCACCGACACAGCUGUAUUUAUUGUGUAUAAUAAAAGCUAUUUUUAUAUCUA